AUGGCAUUGACUUCCCAUUCAAAGGCGCUCGCCAAGCGUUCCUUCGACACCUCGCUCAUGCCCCCACCGCCACCUCCAAAGCGAAUAAAACGCCCCGCAAAGGUUCUUGACGAGGACGAUUACACGGAGGCUCUAUCACACAUCAUAGCUCGAGAUUUCUUUCCUGGAUUGUUGGAGACAGAGUCGAAGCAAGACUAUCUCAAUGCGCUGGACUCGCAAGAUCACGAAUGGAUUGCGGCUGCGGGGCGGAAGCUCACUGAGGUUAUGACACCUGGACCAGAUGGGAGAAGACUGCGGGGAAGAAGAGGCACGAGCAUGACACCGGCGUCUGGACUUUACGGGAGGGGUGGUGAGACGCCGAAAGCAUGGCAAGGUGAGACACCUAUGUCAAUAGUGUCCACGGCCGAAAGCACCGCCAGCACUCAAUCCAACGGACCAGAGGUCGACACGAACAUGAGUCUCAGCGCAUUUCAGCAGAGGUAUACAAGUGAAGACAAUGAAAGUUUUUACAAACUCCUGGACAAACAGAAUCUCAAGAGAGCAGAAAAGUAUGCCUGGAUGUGGGCUGGCAACAAAAUCCCUGCUGCCCGCCAGAUCGCCCACCGGAAACGAGAGCGGCUCCUUGCUGCCAACAAAGCUUCAGAAGAAUCUGAGGACGGGAAGGAGCUUGCUACUAUCGAACCCCGAGACACACGGAAAGCCAUGCCUGACUCCUGGCCAUCUCGUCCCGACAACCCGUUCAUGUUCGCUCCUGGAUCUAUUGAAGACACAACCCAGACAGUCACCCAGAAGAACGAAGAAACCUCGAGGGCUCCCCCAAGAACGGUAGUCUACGACAAUACCCGUAUUCCCCCUCCAAUUACCACAGAAUCCUCACAUGAUAUCCCUCCAUCACCGUCCCUCUCCGCAGUCCAGGACGCCAUAGCAGGUCGCCCUCGCCCCACCGCCUCUGAGGCAUCAUUUAACGGCGCGUCUACGCCUCGCGUUAACGGCUACGCAUUUGUCGACUCCGAGCCAGAGCCGCCCCCAUCAUUCGACAGCCCCUCUCCCCUCCUCCUUGGCAGUGGAGAUAGCAACCCCAACCCGUUUAAGCUCCACGAAAACAGCAAGCGAGAAGCACUGCAUCAUCGCAUGGUAGACAAAGUGGCAAAAGGAAAGCGAGCUGCAAUUGGGAAAAGAGAAGUAGAGUUGAAGACGCCAGUACCACGGUUUACAAGCAGUCCGCGGAUUAAAAAAAGUGGGAUGACUCCUGCGGCGCAAAGGUUGAUCACUAAGAUUGGAGGCAUAGGCGCAACGCCGCGGGAGGGGAAGACACCACGGAUGAGUGGGUUGAGGGAAGGGUGGACGCCGAAGACUGCAGGGAAGGGAGAGUAA